AUGGCCUCGUCUUCAAUAUCACAUCGCUCGUCCUCCAGGAUGAGAAGAGCCCCAAAUGCUGACCCUGAAGAUGCAUCGUUUCCGUCUGCCCAGUCAGCUCGACCAUUUCUGGCUCAGUUGAAGCCAUCAUGGCUCAUCCCGCGAUAUCUGAAAAGCUUUAGGUGGAUAGUCAUCACCCUCGCAUUCAUCCUUGUCUCAUGGAUAACAUAUACGGGACUUUUUUCUCAACCACUGAAUCACAUUCUUCCCGGUCAUCAUGGCUCAUCAACUCUCACAACCAAUGAGUUAAAGGCUCUUGCAGUCCCUCAAAGAUCUUCCAAACCAAGCACAUCCCGUCGUAUGCGUCUCUUCAUGCCCGCAGACUCACCACACAUCAAUCUCUGCAAAACCAUCAUGUCCGCCGUCGUGAUGGGUUAUCCAAUGCCCAUUCUCCUGAACUGGAACCGUAGUCACAUUGCCAAGCUCGAAAGUCUUCUAGGGGCAAUCGAAACACUCCUCGAAUCAAAAAGCGACGAUGUAGGAGAGGAUGAUGUUGCGGUGUUGGUAGAUGCGUAUGAUAUGUGGUUUCAACUUCCACCUUCUGUUCUGCUAGAACGAUAUCAUCGUCUUAACAGUGAAGCAGAUGCAAGGAUACGCAAACAGUGGAAAGAUCUUGGUAUUAGCACUGACUCUCCUAUAUCACCACCCCGGCAGGACAUAAUCGUCACUACAGCAAAAGAUUGUUUUCCGGAUUCUUACUCCGGGUCUGAUCCUCACUAUGAGCACUGGCCUAAAUCGCCCAUGCCGAAGGACAUGUAUGGAGAAGACACAGAUAAAGUCCCAUGGUCUUUCGAUCCAGCGCGCAAGUACAAAAAGGUUCGACCCCGAUGUGUGAACAGCGGUCUUAUCAUGGGUUCUAUGGGAGGAUUGAGAGAUGCUCUAAAAAGAUCCAAAGAAAAGAUCGAUACAGUGGCCAUGAAAGGUCGUCAACUUUGGAGUGACCAGGCGCUUAUUGGUGAGGUUAUCGGAGACCAGGAGAUUUGGCGCGAGUGGAUGAGACAUCUUGGAUCAUCAUGGAACGGCUCUGCUGCUUUCAGCGACAGAAAUUCACUUGAUCGUACAGUUCGUGAUAUCGCAGAUGUCGCCCUCCUUGGAAAACGAUUCGAGUUUGGUAUUGGUCUAGACUACAACUUCACCACGGCACCACCAACAUGUUCCUCCGAAGAAGACGGCUACUUCGUCAAUCUCUCAAACGAGACCAACAUCCGCGAAGAAUCUCAAAAAGCUGGUGUUCCAGGGGAUAUUCGCAUUCACGGCAUACCAUCCGAACUACGCAACAUAAAAGACAAACUCCUAUCUUCAACAAACUGGGGUACAAUCCCCCUCUACACAGACUUCUUCUUCGGCACAAUACCAAUCGCAAUCCAUCACAACGCCUACAUAAACGGGCUUAAAGGUUUCAGACUCAAGAACUGGUGGCACAAGAUGUGGUACUAUCCUCACCUCCGCCAUCUCAUCACCCGACGUCUCCAACCAACCUCCUCACCUCCCACACUCGCAGAGAUCGAUCAUAACGGAGAUAAGAUCGCGUAUAAAUCGCCGCAAGAAGAUAAGCUGCGCAAAGCCCGCGUGUUCUCUCCCAAGAAGCCAAACUUUACACCUAUAGACUGGGACGCCGUGUGCCAGAAGCCAGGUCACGCUGUGAAGUGGCACGAUGAGCUUUUUGGCGACGACAAAGGACCGUUAGCUGUAUGAUCGGUGAAUUAGCCAUAGUCCGUGAUUUAGAAAAAGGUCUCCGACAAUAAACACAAAUACAUACUUCGGGCAUGUGUCUCACACACAAUCCCUAGAUCUCUUGGCGUCGUCUCAUGACAUGCAUUACAAAUCACGGCAAGCCUCGGACCCGAGAAGCUGAAAUACUACCAUGAGUUUUUCGAUCCGAGCUAAGAUAGUAUAGCUCCCCCUAGUAAGACUAUUAGCUCC